AUGCGACUCAAGAAGUUAACCAAACAAACGCAGAAAAGGAAAAGUAAAAUGAACAAAGUUAUGCUCGUCGGGCGAAUAGUUAAAGAUCCGAACGUCUUCCAAACUAGUCUAGGAGUUAAGUACGCGCGGUUCAGAAUCGCUGUCAACCGGCCAGUGGCUCGUAACCAAGCCGAUUUUGUUCCCAUCGUAGUUUGGCGCCAACAAGCUGAAUUUGUGGAAAAAUACCUCAAAAAAGGCGCUCUAAUCGCAGUUGAAGGUUGGUUUACUUCCUCGGUCUACCAAGACAGAAAUAACCAAGUUGUUGUUCGUUACGAAAUUACCGGCGAUCACGUGAGCGCCCUAGAAACUAAAUCAGUCGCCGAAGCGCGCAAUCAAAACCAAAGCAUCUCCCGCACCCAGGAGUUACAAAUUAACGCCGAUCAAGACGAAAAACCUAGCAUCAAAGAUGAAAAUCUUGCUUCCGACCAAAAGAAAGAUGAGUUGGCCGAAAGCGACGUGCCUUGGGACCUUGAUCUUUAA